GUGUGUUAUCCCAAAGAUAUUUUUGGUUAAGAUGUUUCAGAGUUGUGUUAUUCAAAGUUAUGUGUUGUCUGUCUCACAGUUGUGUUGUGUGUGUUUCACCAGAGGAGGAGAGGAGGGUCCGGGCCAAUGACAGAGAAUACAACGAGAAGUUUCAGUAUGCGAGUAACUGUAUUGUGACGUCUAAGUACAACGUCAUCACCUUUCUGCCCGUCAACCUGUUUGAACAGUUCCAGGAAGUGGCCAACACCUACUUCCUCUUUCUGCUCAUACUGCAGUUGAUUCCUCAGAUCUCAUCUCUCUCCUGGUUCACCACCAUAGUGCCUUUAGUCCUGGUGCUCAGCAUCACUGCAGUAAAGGAUGCCACUGACGACUAUUUCCGUCACAAGAGUGACAACCAGGUGAACAACCGGCAGUCUCAGGUCGUCAUCCACGGCUCUCUUCAGAAGCAGAAGUGGAUGAAUGUAAGAGUGGGUGAUAUCAUUAAACUGGAGAAUAACCAGUUUGUGGCAGCUGACCUUCUCUUACUGUCCAGUAGUGAACCUCAUAGCCUCUGUUACAUCGAGACCGCAGAGCUAGAUGGGGAGACCAAUAUGAAGGUGCGUCAGUCUCUGUCUGUGACUGCAGAGCUUGGAGACCCCAACAGCCUGGCCUCUUUUGAUGGUAGGAAGUCUCUUUCUAUUGGUCUCUGUGUCUUUCACACAUCAGAGGUCAGCAGGUCCACUCUGCAACCAAGCACUUAG